UUGUAUUUGGCGUCUCCGUUGCUGAAAAUUUGUUGAAAAUUUGUUGUGCCGCUCAACAUCUGCGUGUAGUCAGUUAUAACUUUACGCCUCGUCCGGUUAGAAAACUUGCAUUAGCAUGUCGGAAACAGCUUUAAAAUUAGGCGAUCUAGUGUGGGCCAAGAUGAAAGGAUUCUCUCCCUGGCCGGGCAAGAUUGCCAACCCUCCUAAAGACUUAAAGCGAAUUUCGAAACCGUCUGGAAAAACUGCAUCUUGUGUCUUUUUUUUUGGAACAGACAAUUUUGCCUGGAUUGAGGAUUUCAACAUAAAGCCCUACCACGAAUAUAAAGAACAAUUCACUAAAGCGUGCAAGAGUCGUGCCUUCUUAGAUGCCUGCCAAGCUAUUGAAAAACACAUUGUAAACCCACCUAAAGAAGAAGAGCAGGUGCAGACUGUCACUGAUGAUAACCAAAGUGAUGAAGAUUUCGAUAAACUUAAAGAUGAAACUAAAGAAAAGGACAGUCCCAAGAAAGUUAAAAGGGAUAUUAAGCGCACACCAAAGGAGCGAAAGCGGCGGACAUCAGGCGAGUCAGGUAGUGAUUCUGGGCCCACUCCUAGCCGAAAAAAACCACGCAGUAAUUCUACUAUCGAAAACUCGAGUGAUACUUCAGUUAUAACCAAUCACACCUCUCCUCGUAAAAGCGGUCUGGUUUCAAGAAUAUUAGACCAACCUGCCACAAUUCAAAGACCGGAUACCCCACCACUGGAUGUCGAGAGAGUGACUCAAACUCUCAAAGAGAAGAACGUUCAACCAUCCACGCUCAAGUUUGGCUUCCUCGGCCUUGGAAUCAUGGGCUCAGGAAUGGUCAAAAACCUCCUUAAUUCAGGUCACAAGGUUAUCGUCUGGAAUCGCACAACAGAAAAGUGUCAAGAUUUCGUCAAAGCUGGCGCUGAGGAGGCUCUUACUCCAUCGGAUGUGAUAUCAGCCGCCGAUAUCACGUUUUCUUGCGUUUCGGAUCCACAAGUAGCCAAAGACAUGGUGUUUGGCAAUUGUGGCGUUCUCCAAGAAAUGUCGGCUGACAAGGGAUUUGUUGAAAUGACGGGCAUCGAUGCCGAAACGUCGCAAGACAUUGCAGAGGCCAUCACGGGUAAAGGAGGUCGUUAUCUGGAGGCACAAAUUCAAGGCAGUAAAGUACAGGCCGAAGAAGGAAUGCUGGUCAUUCUGGCUGCUGGAGACAGAACCCUAUUUGAUGAUUGCCAAUCUUGCUUCCAAGCCAUGGGCAAAAACUCGUUCUUCCUCGGUGAAGUGGGAAGCGCGUCCAAGAUGAACCUAGUCUUGCAGCUGAUGAUGGGCGUCGCAGUGGCCGGUGUGGCCGAAGGAAUGGCACUUGCAGAUCGAGCUGGUCUACAGCAACGCGACGUCCUCGAAAUUUUUGAGCUUACGACUCUGGCGUGUCCGUUAUUGUUAGAAAAGGGAAAAGCCAUUUUAGAGGGAGCCUUCCCAACCAACUUGCCGCUACAGCACAUGCAGAAAGACUUGAAAUUGUCGUUGUCUAUGGGUGACCAACUAGAGCAGCCUUUGCCCGUUUCAGCUGCUGCCAACGAAGUUUACAAACACGCUAAGCGGCUUGGCUACGCAGAUCACGACGUUUCAGCCGUCUAUAUCCGGGCCCGGUUUUAAAAACCAUCGACUACCACAUACCAGCCCACAGCACACCAGCGUUUACUGCAUCGCUUCAUGCCUCAUACAAACCUCAUACUAUUUUUUUUCUCUCCCCCUUCACACUAAAAAACAAAAACGACUAAAAAAACUUCCGUUCAUGCUGAUGUUUUUUUGAAUCCCCAUUACAUUUGUUUGUUGAAAAGAAACAGAAAUUAACAAAACUUGGAACCAAGUCCAUAUAGGAACUCACUAUCUCUUUGAAAAUUCUAAGUAAAUCAUCCGCUAUUCAUGAGUGACUUUUUUGCCAAGUGGAACAUGGUUCCUUCCCACCCGUCAAAUCCUCGUUUAGAUUAUUAUAUCGCCCGUGCAAAGAAACAACAAAUCUUAUAAUAUGAUGAGUGGGGCUCGCAGAGUGUCAUCUGUUUGGUCUGCGUUAUACUUGGUCUCCCAUUCGUCUACUUUUUUAUGGCAAGCAUAAGAAUUGCUAUUUCCGAUUCACUUUGGAAUUCAGUGUUCAAAUUAUUCUGAUUGACCUAACCACCUUUUUUUUAAAAAUAGAAAUUGAAAUUGUUUUCUCUGUUGUCCAGCUGACAAUUUCGAUGUUUGUCGACUGUCGCUGAAUUUUUUUUUCUGUCCCAACUAUUGUAGUGACAUGAAUUUAGCUGGUAUUUUUUUUUUUUUUUUUAUAAGAAAUUCAUUUUUCACCUCUUUUGGUUCUUCAUUAUUCAGUUCUUUGCAUACGAGUUACUGGUUAGUUUCUUCUUUUCUUUGACCUCCCAUUUUCAUUUUGGAACAAAUGAGAAGUUUUGAGCUGUCAUUGACGAUAAUAACCAAAGCUCUUGGUUUUAUGAAAAGGCGAAUACACUUUUACUGUAAUAGAGAA